UGACCACAGAGAGAGACCAGCUACAGAAUAGUCUAAAUACCAUGACCACAGAGAGAGACCAGCUGCAAAAUAGUCUAAUUUCCACGACCACAGAGAGAGACCAGCUACAGAAUAGUCUAAAUACCACUGCCACAGAGAGAGACCAGCUACAUAAUAGUCUAAUUACCAUGGCCACAGAGAGAGACCAGCUACAGAAUAGUCUAAAUACCACGACCACAGAGAAAGAACAGCUACAGAAUAGUCUAAAUACCAGAACCAUUGAAAUAGAUGAGUUGACGAAGAGUCUGAACACUGCAGCUAUGGAGCGUGACCAGCUACAGAAGUUGAUAGAAAGGCUGAACUGGGAGAACAAAGGCUCCUGUCCUGAAGGAUGGAGAAGGUUUGGCUGCAGCUGUUACUACCUCUCUACUGAGAAGAAAUCCUGGGAGGAGAGUAGACAGGACUGUCUGGAGAGAGGAGCAGAUCUGGUGAUCAUUAACAGUGAAGAGGAACAGACAUUCAUCAAUGGGUUUGAAUCAGUCAAAUAUGCCUGGAUUGGUCUGACUGACUCUGUUACUGAGGGGACCUGGAAAUGGGUGGACGGCACCCCACUGACCACCCCAAGGUAUUGGGAUGAUGGACAGCCCAAUGGUGGUACAUUCCAGAACUGUGGGGGAAUCAUUUACAAGUCGUCAGGCCAAGGAGCAUUGUGGGAUUUUGAUUGUAUCUAUUCAAAACAAUGGAUCUGUGAGAAAUAGGCUUCUCAUAAGUACUUUCUCUGCACUGCUGAUGAAUGAACUCUCUACUGUAUGUUAAUGAUGGUCUGAAGACUGGUGUGAUUUGAUAGAAUGGUACAAACACAUGCACACACAAAGACACUGAUCUAAACCUGAGUCUCCCAUGGGGGAAACCAACGUCUUAAUUAGACGAGGUAAUUCCCUCUCGGACUGAGAUCUGACACUGAUUUUGAAGUUGCAGGCAGGGCUACCUCAUCACUUGACCAUGAGCAACCAAUCAUGACCAACUCAUGUCCACUACACAAGCUGACACAAUAAUGUAUUCAUUUGUCAAUCAAUAAGGUGUAGAAUAGGGGUAUAAUAUCAUUCAAUAGUCACUGUCAAUCAAUCACUUAAGUUUUACACUUCGAAAUUGAUUUGAAAUGACUGUAUAUGUUUAUCAGGUAUGCUUACUUCUUCUGCGUUUAUUAUUCUGAACAUAAACAUUGUGUACUUCCUGCUAAUUCAAUAAAUAAUUCAACCAAGAUUAAAGACAUUUCCUGACUAGGACAUAUAAAUUCAU